CAACCAUUGAAGCAAACAUCAAGUCUUCUGUACUGACAAUAUUAUUAUCUUUUAAUAUUUCCUAUUUUAUUAUACAAAUAUUACUAAAUAUAUUGCAUAUUGUGCAUAAAAAAGACUGAUUUAUAACGAAACAUGGGUGAUGUUAAGAAUUUGGAGUCUUACGCCAUCAUUGGUUUUGAUGGCUCUGCUAUUCGUGGGCUGAAGGUCCACCCUGACAGUGAACACAUAGUGUAUCCUAUGGGCAACAAGGUGUGCAUCCAGGAGUGGAAGACCAAGAAAAUGUACUUUCUCAGUGGGCAUAGUAACAGUGUGUCGACUGUGGCAAUAUCUCCCAAAGGAACUUACGUGGGUUCAGGACAAAUAAACCACAUCGGGUUUAAAGCUUCUGCUAAAGUGUGGGAUUUUAAAAAGAAGAUACAAAUUGGCAGUCAUGAGCUGCAUAAGGUGCGUGUAGAAUCAUUGACAUUCUCAUCAGACGAACGCUACAUGAUAUCCCUUGGCGGUCGUGAUGAUGGGUGCGUGGUCCUAUGGGACUGUUUUGCCGAAUCUGCUACUGGAACUGCAGCAGCAACUAAACUGACCACAGGAGAUGCUGUGACGCUGACUGCUCUCAAUUUGAGGGUCAAUUCAUUUGUAACGGGUGGAGAUUCCAACCUCAGAGUGUGGAACAUUCGAGCUGAGAGCAAGAACCUGGACGUGACAGAUGUAUCGCUCGGUAAACUCCGACGUAGCGUGCGUUGCAUCGCCAUUAAUAAAGACGAUUCCUAUGGAUAUGCCGGAACCACAACUGGCGACAUGAUAAAGUUUUCAAUAAACUACCCUGCUGACCCUACGGCUCCGGUGAAUGCGUGUAAACCGGCGCUCAUUGGCUGCCUCGCCAAAUGUGGACCGUGGAAGAAGGGCAAGAGACCUGAAUCCCUUUGCUAUAGUCAAGGAAUCGAAUCAAUCCUCAUAAUGGACGACGGAUGCCUCAUAGUGGGCGCUGGAGACGGAACAAUUGAUAUCCUGGACGAGAUCAACUGGAAAGGUACCUUCCCCAAAGGCAAGAUACUGGAACCCAAUAAGCCACAUUUCAAGGCGGUUAGUAAUUUUAACAAGUAA